CCCGGAGUCACGCACGGGCACCCGCGGUGUAAACACUGGUCCUCCGACAGCGCCAAGAGCGCGGCGGCGCUCGAGAGGAGCAGCCACUGCGUGGGGGCCCACGCUCGCUAGAGGUCCUCACGGCUAAGGACCCCUGAUGCCAACGCUCCCUGAGAGAGCUCCCAGGCCAGAGCUCAGACUCCUUGACCCCACGACACCAGGCAGCCUUGAAAGAGGCAGCAGGAAGCUGUGGCCACACUCGGACCGCACAGAGGCGUCCAGCAGUGGCUACGUCGAUGAGGAGGGACGGUCGCCCGGACCCCGUUCCGCCUCUGGGAUUCCUGGGCACACGUGUGUGCGGCCCCCGUCCCUGGCGGUGGGCCCCAUCCGCGGAGCUGGCAGACAGCAGGGCCUGUCCAGCCCACCCGCUGCAGCCGCGGCUGUCAGGGCGCUCUGCUCCCCGACGGUCGGCGGGCAGCUCUGGCUCUGCCUCGAGCCCCCAUGCCUGCCCCUCGCACGCCCGCCACACACCUGCAGUCCCCGCCGGGCGCCGAGCCCCUCUCCAGCGGCGACCCCCUGCGAUUCCGGAUACGGUCAGGACCACCGCGCCGGAGCUAGAGACGCGCGGAACAAGUCCCAGCAUCUAUACCGACUCGGCUCCGACCGAGCCGGGCCACCCGGGGCGGGGCCUGCUCGGGGCGGGGCCUGGGCGGGGGCGGGGCCUGGGCGGGGCCGGCCGCCCAGCCUGCCGCUCACGCCACCUGGUGGCCGGGCGGCGGCGGCGAGGCGCGAACCUGGCCCAAGCAUCCUCGGAGUCUGGCCCCAGCCCCGCAGCACGUCUGAGAAGACCGUCCAGCUCUGAGCCCGUCUGCCCACGGAAGGAACAGACCCUGGCCGGCGGCGGCCAAGGCCGGAGGGACGCCAGCGCUGGGCACCAGCGGACCCCCCCCCCCCCCCACAGGAGUAAGCCUCACAGGUCAGCAUCGGGACCUCCUGGACAAAGAGCUUCAGGCAGAAGCCAUGAGGGACUGUUCCCGUCAGGACCUUGGAGAUCCAGGGCACAGCAGUGAACAAGCAG